UUCAUAGACUCUGUACAUAACCCAAACCCAACUUUGAAAACUCAUCGCUGCCCCCAAAAAUUUCAGUUUCCCUCCAUCUCUUCAAAUUCCGAAAAAAUUAUUAACAAAAACCCUCCUCCCGUAGUUUCAUCUCUCCCUCAUUGUCGUUUCAUCUCUCUCUCUCUCUCUCUCUCUCUCUCUCUCUCUCUCUCUAUCUCUCUCUGUGCGUGUGUGUGUGUUAUUUCUGAGUCUCUAGCAAUGGCUGUAGUUGAGAACUCCGACGCUGAGAUAAGCCAGAAGAGUUCUCCUCUCUCUCCCAGCAAGAAGAAGAGAACCAAAGAUCCUGGGGUUCGAGUAAAAGGAGGAAGGAUCUACGAUUCUGAGAAUGGCAAGACUUGCCAUCAGUGUAGACAAAAGACUAGAGAUUUUGCUGCUUUCUGCAAGAAGCUCAAGAAUGACAAGCCCUGCACUCUAACGUUCUGCCACAAAUGUCUUCUGAACAGAUAUGGUGAAAAGGCGGACGAAGUGGCCAAAUUAAAGAACUGGAUUUGCCCAAGAUGCAGAGGUGUUUGCAAUUGCAGUUUCUGCAUGAAAAGAAAAGGGUGCCAACCGACCGGAAUCCUUUCUCACACGGCAAAAGCGACUGGAUUCAAUUCAGUCCAUGAAUUAUUACAUACCGAAGGUGCAGGAGACAUAGCAGCCCGAGUUGCUGAAUUGAACGCUACACCAAAGAAGUCACCUCUUUCUAACAAGGGUUCACCUGCUCUGAAGAGAAAUCGUGAUAAGGAGAACCAGCGUGUUGAGCAGAAUCAAGUCAAACCAAGCAAAGAUGGGCCAGAAAAGAAGAAAGCAGCAAAAAGAUUGAAGUGCGGGGAAGAUGAGACUCAAAUGCCUGUUUCUGCUGAUAGUGGUAUUAUUGAAAGCAGGCCGACAAAAUCUUACAAGUUGAAGAAAGAUGCCAAUGAUAAAGAACAUAAGUUCAGUGAAGCUGAUAAAAUGAAGCAUUCCAGCAAGAAUAAUGAUAUGGGUGCUAGUCAAGAUAAGGAAACUGUUGAUGAUGCAAAAACUAAGUCCUUGCCUAAAGUUCAAAAAUUAAAGAAGCUUGCUAUAAAAGACCAGAAGGAACCUAAAAAAGAAGAAAUUGUGCUUCCUCUAGGUAGUCACUUCACAGAAAUUGCUGGUAUUGAAUUACCAGAUAAAGACAUUGGAGCUGCCUUGCAAUUCUUAGAAUUUUGCAAUGCAUUCUCUGAGGUUCUCCAUAUAAAGAAAGGGCAGCCUGAAAAUGUUCUCUUAGAUUUAAAUGGAGCGCGUGUCAAACGUAACCGAGUGCUCACAGCACAUGUGGACUUCAAUAUCAAAUUGCUAUCCCUAAUCGAAAAGGACGUGAAAAAAGAUGGUGAUGCAUGGGUUCAAACACUGAAAAGGUGCAUUGAGGAAUCUGAGUGUAAAUUCGAGGGAUUUCCUUUAAACGUUCUUGAUACAGGUUUAUCUGGAUAUGAAAAUCUAGAAUCAUCACAAAAGUUGAAGAUGUUGAAUUUUCUCUGUGAUGAGGUCCUUGGCACUGAAGAGUUACGGAAUUGGAUUGACGAAGUUGCAGCAAAAUUUGAUGACGGAAAGAAGGAAUAUAAAGAAAAAGUUUUCGUUGCCAAACAAAAGGAAAAGCUUUUAAAACAGAAGGUGAAGGAUGAAACAGCUAAAGCUGUACUCUCAGCCAGAGGGGGAAAUCCACUCUCCUUAGCUGAGUUUGAUAGUCUUCUUUCAAAACUAAGGGCUGAGGUAGAGAAAGUGCGCACUAAAGUUCGUGAAUCGAUUGAACUUGUGCCCAAGAAGAAUCAAAGAUUUGAUGCUGUGAGAACUGACUAUUUGAUUCGUGGAAACACUGGGCAAGUAUUCUGGAAAUUGAUUGGCUACAACCGCCGUUCAAACAUUAUACUACAAGAUAUUGGGAAUGUGGACUCUUUUACCCCAUAUGAUAAGUGGUUUUUCUAUGACGAAGAGCAAGAAAAAGUAGCAGAAAAAUAUGUUUCUACAUUAAGGAAUCCUGCAAUCUUCAGCCAUCCUACACUACUAAAAUGCAGACAAGACGAUGAUGAAGGGAUGAAAUCGGACUCAUCUAAUAGUUCAGAGCAAAUGGAAACUUAGCUACACUUGCAAGGUGAAGAUGCACUCGACUGGUGGGCUUUUUGGCUGUUUUCCUUUGAUCUAUACUGAAGCGACAUUUUUAUUUUGCAAUGCUUCUGUAUUAUUCAAAUUUCUCAUGUUUUUAGAACAAAUAUAGUUUAUAGUAAAGCAGUGCAAUUUUUGUCAUGGUGCCUUCUGAUGAUUAUUUUUGUCUGGAAGGUUGCUGAGAAGGUCAUGCCAUAUUAUUGUCCAUAUUGCCAUGUAUGCAAUGGUGAACGAUAGUUCAGUAUAGUUUCCAUAUUUUCCUA